GGUGCCUGGGUGCGGCCUGGGAGCCACAGGAGGGACCCAGAGCCAGGCAGAGCCCAGAGGGAAAGGGAGGGGGGUGGGGGCGGCGCAGGGUGGGGCCUGGGGCCUGCUUGCACCACCACACCCAACUCCAAGCAACCCGGCCUCUCCUCUGGAGGGCCAGUCCUGUGCCUCUCGGAGCGGAGGGAAGGUGGACUGGUCCUACUUCGUCUCCCUGGGGAAAGACGAUCGAGAGGCGAACAAGAUGGCCUGGUGGAAAGCCUGGAUUGAACAGGAGGGUGUUACCGUCAAGGGCAGUCCCCACUUUAACCCAGACCCCGACGCGGAGACCCUCUACAAAGCCAUGAAGGGGAUUGGGACCAACGAGCAGGCCAUCAUCGAUGUGCUCACGAAGAGAAGCAACGCACAGCGGCAACAGAUCGCCAAGUCCUUCAAGGCGCAGUUUGGCAAGGAUCUCACCGAGACCUUGAAGUCGGAGCUGAGUGGCAAGUUUGAGAGGCUCAUCGUGGCCCUCAUGUACCCACCAUACAGAUACGAAGCCAAGGAGCUGCACGAUGCCAUGAAGGGCUUGGGAACCAAAGAGGGCGUCAUCAUCGAAAUCCUGGCUUCUCGGACCAAGAACCAGCUGCAGGAGAUAAUGAAGGCUUACGAGGAAGACUAUGGGGCCAGCCUGGAGGAAGACAUCCAGGCAGACACCAGCGGCUACCUGGAGAGGAUCCUGGUGUGCCUCCUGCAGGGCAGCAGGGAUGACGUGAGCGGCUUUGUGGACCCAGGACUGGCCGUCCAAGAUGCACAGGAUCUGUACGCCGCGGGCGAGAAGAUUCACGGGACUGACGAGAUGAAAUUCAUCACCAUCCUGUGCACACGCAGUGCCACGCACCUGAUGAGAGUGUUUGAGGAAUAUGAGAAAAUCGCCAGCAAGAGCAUUGAGGACAGCAUCAAGAGUGAGACCCACGGCUCCCUGGAGGAGGCCAUGCUCACAGUGGUGAAAUGCACCCGGAACCUCCACAGCUACUUUGCAGAGCGACUUUACUACGCCUUGAAGGGAGCAGGUACGCGUGAUGGAACCCUGAUAAGAAACAUCGUUUCAAGAAGCGAAAUUGACUUGAAUCUUAUCAAGUGUCAGUUCACGAAGAUGUACGGCAAGACCCUCAGCAGCAUGAUUAUGGGAGACACCAGUGGCGACUACAAGAAUGCCCUGCUGAACCUGGUGGGCAGUGAUUCCUGAAGGCUCAGAGUGGGGCAAAGGCCAAGAAGCCGGAGCCACAGGGCCUUGCCUGCUCAACCUUGGCCAUGGAUUGGGGGGGGGGGGGGGGGGGGGCCAACUUGCCUUUCAGUCUUCUGUCUCCCAGCUUCUAGUGCUUUCCAGCCAGCUUCUCUGCCUGGGGCUCCUCCCUCCACUGCCCCCUCCCCCAGUCAGUUCCGGGUGUGAGCACAUUGCCAACCUGAGUAUAAUCUGGCCUGACAGACACCUUGGUGUGAAGGGGUUGUUUCUUCCUCCACACAAGGAGCUUCCCAAGCUGUGCCAGAGUCAGCUGUGCCCAGGUCGCACAGGUACACAGCCCUACCCCGUGUACUAAAUCAAGAUCUGCGAAGACCAGAGAAUAUGGAAUUUGCAUAAGCAUCUCAGCUGAUAUGCCUCUCUGAAAGGCCACCAGGGAGGCCAGAGGAACCCAUGUGUUUCAGAGCCCAUGUAUGUGAGCCGCUGAGAGAGAAACACACACAUUCGGGCCCACUGGGAGGUCCCUCACAUUCAUUCACGAGCCUCCUCUAAAAACUCUUCACAACUUGAGGCUGUAGGUAGAAUAAAAAUUCCCUUGCUGUCUAACUAAUAGAGAAAGCUGCAAAUCGAUGUCCCAUCCCAGGGACGCUGUGUUCUGAGGGGCCCGGGCUUAUCCAAUCCUUGAUCAAAGGAGCUGUUCUUUCCUCCCCUGACAUGAGCAGGGAGCAUCUCUCAUUCCAACCAAAUGGCAAUGGCAGCUAAAGCUGAGAUGCCUGGGUUGUGCUUUUCAGAAUAAUAAAGACUUGUACGUUCAAAUCUAA